AUGCAGCAGAUGAUGGCAGAUCUACCUUCAUUUCGAGUAACUCCAUCUCAUACGUUUCAGAAAUGUGGAAUUGAUUAUGCUGGACCAAUUUUAAUUAGACCCAUUCAACCCAGAAGUAAGGUGACACUAAAGGCAUACUUAGCGAUAUUCAUUUGCUGUGCGACUCGAGCCAUACAUUUAGAAGUAGUUAGUUCGGCCAGCACUGAAGUAAUUAUUGCUGCCUUAAGAAGAUUUAUUGCUAGACGUGGAAAACCAUCGGAUAUAUACAGCGAUAAUGGAACCAAUUUUGUCGGAGCUGACAAGGAGCUAAAGGAGUUACAGAAACUUACCCACAGUGUAAACCACAAUAAUCAUAUCUCAUUGACAAUGUCUAAGGAAGGAAUAUCUUGGCAUUUCAACCCACCUUCAGCGCCACAUUUUGGAGGACUCUGGGAGGCAGGGGUGAAAUCGACCAAAUACCAUCUUAGAAGAAUAAUGGGAUUAAAUCGAUUAACAUUCGAAGAAUUGACAACUCUUACAAGCCAGAUUGAAGCAGUGCUAAACUCAAGACCAUUAACGCCUGAGUCAACUGAUCCAUCGGAUUUAAGAGCACUGACACCUGGACAUUUUAUCAUUGGUCAACCAUUGACGUCGAUUCCUGAUCCGGAUUUAACAGAAAUCCCAACGACCAGACUCGUGAGAUGGCAGCUAAUUCAACAGAUGCUACAACAGUUUUGGAAAAGAUGGUCGCCCGAAUAUAUAGUCAGAUUACAACAAAGACCAAAAUGGAUGCAACCAGUGGAAUCAAUUAAGGAAGGUUCACUGGUAAUAAUCAAGGAAGACAACCUCGCACCAUUACAUUGGAAACUUGGACGAGUUAUGGAAGUCAAACCAGGAACAGAUCAGAAGGUCAGGAAGGUAUUGGUGAGGACAGCUACUGGAGAGUACGAGCGACCAAUCGUGAAGCUGUGCAUACUACCUAUUGAAACUGAACCCACGGAAUUGAAGAAGGAGGAUUAA